GUUUAAGGCAUGAGACGAACAUGUUUGACGCAUUGUCGAAGAGCUUGUGGUUUGGCUCGAUUAAGGGGAAGUUUGAGCCGAGAAUAAAGUGUACAUCCUUCAGAUUUGGUACAAUCACUCAUGACUUGUCUCGGACUAUGAUCUCCAUGUGAUAGGUUGGAAUGUUAUGCUCCGGUUGAACCCCUAGCUCCAUGCAAUCCGGUUGAGCUCCAAGUUUCGUGCAUUCCAAGCUUUUGUUCAUGCUCCCUUUCCAAGCAGCAUCCAAGGUUCUGAUAUCCUCAUCACUGAUCGAUCGGUGAAAUAUCCCGCUGGGAUAUUAGAAGAUGUACCACUGAAGGUGAAAAACUUCUACGUACCGGUCGACUUCGUGGUAUUGGACAUGGACGAGGACUCGAGAGUAUCGAUCAUACUUGGUCGUCCAUUCCUUAACACCGUAGACGCAAUCAUCCAUGUGAGAGGUGGCAGGUUGACGAUGAAGAUUGGCGAUAAGACGGUGGAGUUUACGCUUGAUCAGAACCUCAAGCAACCCUCUGUCAUGGAGUCUUCGUACUUCAUUGACAUGAUUGAAGUUUUGACGGAUGAGCUAUUUGGUCAAUUGCAAGAUCGCGAUCCCCUGAAGAUGAUGCUCCUAAACCCUGAGAAGACUGAAAAGGAGCACAUAUGGACCUUUAGCCGAAUCCUGGAUGCACCCGACAUAUCCCCGACGGAUCUAUCAAGCUCCCCGGUUCAGGUUAUCGUGUCCUUUGAGGGUGAUGUCGAUCUUGAGAUCGCUGCCACUAACCGAGCCCAUGAAUCCAAAGAGACUCCAGUCAUCACAUCUUCUCCACUUAGACCCGACUGGAGUCGAGAAGAUGCACCGGAAGUGGAACUGAAGCCCUUACCACAAGGGCUUACGUAUGAAUUUCUCGGCUCAGACCGAACUUACCCUAUGAUUAUCAAUUCAUCCUUGGAUGAUUCUCAGGUACAGGAGCUGCUGAACACGCUCCGAAAGUACAGGAAGGACAUAGGGUACACAAUCACGGAUAUCAAGGGAAUCAACCCUUCCCUUUGCAUGCACAGGAUUCAUCUGGAGGAUGAGUCCAAAACUUCCACUGAGCGUCAACGACGCCUCAACCCGAUGCUUCAAAAAGUGGUGAAGAAAGAGAUAAUGAAGCUUCUCGAUGCAGAUAUCAUUUUUCCUAUCUCUGACAGCCAUUGGGUGAGUCCUAUACAGGUCGUUCCGAAGAAGGGAGGAAUGACGGUGAUCACCAACGGAAAGAACGAGUUCAUUCCAACGAGAACGGUGAUCGGUUGGCGCAUGUGUAUUGAUUAUCGCAAGCUGAACGCCAACACGAGGAAGGAUCAUUGUCCACUGCCAUUCAUCGAUCAGAUGCUAGAACGCCUCGCUCUACACUCGUACUGUUGCUUCCUCGACGGGUACUCAGGUUUUUUCCAAAUCCCUAUUCAUCCUAAUGAUCAGGAGAAAACUGCAUUUACUUGCCCGUACAGAACUUAUGCCAAUUGUCGCAUGCCGGUUGGAUUUUGUAAGCUCCGACGACAUUCCAACGGUGCAUGUGGCCAUAUUUUCUGAUGUGAUUGAAGAGUCGAUGGAGGUGUUUAUGGACGAUUUUUCCGUUCAUGGACCCUCCUUCGACAUGUGUCUGAUGAAUCUUUCUCGAGUGUUAGACAAGUGCUCACAUGUGAAUCUGGUGCUCAACUGGGAGAAGUGUCAUUUCAUGGUCUGAAAAGGGAUUGUUUUGGGCCACAAGAUCUCAGAGAAGGGGAUUGAGGUUGACAAGGCCAAAGAUGAGGUGAUCGAGAAACUGCCACCACCGCAUAAUGUCAGAGCUAUCCGCAGUUUCUUGGGCCAUGCGGGGUUUUAUAGGAGAUUCAUCAAGGAUUUCUCAAAAAUCUCAAAGCCGCUCACUGAUCUGCUCUGCAAGGACGCGCCGUUUAUCUAUACUGCAGAAUGUGAUGUCGCGUUCCAAACUCUGAAAAAGGUCUUGAUAUCUCCACCGAUUAUUCAGCCUCCAGACUGGAGUCUUCCUUUUGAGAUCAUGUGCGACGCCAGUGACUACGCUGUUGGAGCAGUUUUGGGUCAGCAGAAGAACAAGCGAUUACAUGCCAUAUACUAUGCUAGUCGCACCCUUGAUGACGCUCAGAUCAACUACAGCACAACCGAGAAGGAGAUGCUCGCCAUAGUCUACGCUUUCGAAAAGUUUAGAUCUUAUCUAGUAGGAUCGAAGGUGAUAGUCUACACUGAUCACGCAGCUCUCCGGUACCUUCUGUCCAAGAAAGACGCCAAGCCUCGACUCAUGUGCUGCUACAAGAGUUUGAUCUAGAGAUCAGAGACAGAAAGGAGACUCAAAAUGGUGUAGCGGAACAUUUAGCAUGGCUUGAGAUUUCGAACCCAUUUCCCAUCGAUGACUCAUUGCGAGACAAUGUCCUCGAAUGAUGUGCGACAACUUUUCAAUGAAUGGUGAAACUCACACAACAAGGAGAAUGACAACCAUUUUCUCGGGGAUCUCUUCAUAAGGAGGGGAGUUCUCAGACAAGGGGGGAGGCAGAUUCAGAGAUUCGGAAAAAGAGUAGAGUUUGAAAAAGAAAAUUCUCAAGGAGAGUUCACGGAGAAGGAGAAGAAAAGAGGAAGAAGAAAAACAUCAUGCUGCAAUCACUGAGCAUUCUUUUCUCUUAUCUCUUUUUCAUCAUGAAUUUUUAUUGGGUUGAUGUUGUUAUUUUUAUUUCUAUCAUGUGUGAAUAAGUUUUCAUUGUAGGUUAGGGAUUAAAAAGGGUUAUGUAAAAUUGUGCGCUUAAAUUAUUUUGAGACUUUGUUAAUUACGGUUUAGAUUGAAUGAAUGGAUUUUAAUGCUAUGAAUUAUGUUGGCCACAUAAUUAAAUGAUUUUAGAAUUUAAUUUUGCAUAGAGAUAUGAACAUUAAAUUCAGAAAUUAUUCAUUCACUUAAACGAUCCUCACAUCGAGAGGGUUGCCUCGUUUAGGAAUUAUGAUAGAAUACUUAAUGAUC